AUGACGCAUAGCCUUAUCGAAGUAUCGUNCGAGGCUAUAGACAAACGGCCACGUAUUGGACCUUCGUCCAAAUCUAUUAACGAGGACGAUGAGGACGAGGACACUGAGGAGACGUCCUCCUCCCAUGAAACGUCCGACUCAGAAUCCGAGACCGAUUCAACCAAAUCCUCUCAUUCUUCCUCAUCGAGGGCGAAGUCCCUUACACCCCCCAAACCAACUCCCAAGCCGAGGAAGCGUACAGGGACGGCGGAAGUCUAUGCAGCCAAACAGCUGCGUACGCCUCCUCGGUCUCCUUCUCCUACCAUCUCCCCCAUCCUGACGGACAGGCCCAGGGGUGCCCCCACCACAGGCUGCACGGUGGGCAACCUGGAGUCAACCAGGUACAUGGACCUAGAGCCAACAGUCUCCAACCCUCAACCCAACUCCAUCCCCAAUCCCUCCCCAGUGCCCUCGACUUCAUACGCAACCAUUGCAGCAACGCGACCGGCGCCUACACUGCGCCCACAAUUGAAUGCCUCUGCUUCAACAAAACCGCGCGCCGGGGNUGCUGGCCCUGCUGGACGAAGGCUCCACUGUAACUCUCCUGGACUCGAGCGUGGCGAAGCAGAUCGGCCUGAAGGGACCCAAGGAGACGCUCCGCCUCGAGACCGUGGGCGGGAAGACCCUAACGAAGAAGGACUCGAUGAAGCUUAA